AUGGCGACAAAAAAAAUUAGGGGAGAUAAUUGGACCGCUGAAGACAAGACUUUGCUUAAAGAGCUCGUUCGUGAAAACAUGAAUUGUAUUGAAAAUAAGAACACGGACACAAAUACAAAUAAAGCCAAACAAAAUGCUUGGAUUAAUUUACACGAAUGCUUUAACGAAAUGGGUUCUGUGAAGCGAUCAGUGGUCCAAUUAAAGGCACAAUGGUCUAUUAUAAAAAUGAACGCUAAAAAAGAAAAAACUAAAGAAAGACGUGAGAUCUUACAAACAGGCGGAGGGCCACAUCGUCCUGCAGAAGCAUUGGGAAGUGAUGACAUUUCUGUUUGGCUUCCAAAUGAGUUUGUAGUUGACCACAAUAUAUUUGAUUCGGAUAAGAAUAAAUUUGAAGAAAUAGCAAGUACUGAAAUUAUAUAA